CUGUUGUGAGGAGAGUGCUGACGUGGCUUCCGGUCUCACACCCGACAUUACAACAACAAGGCAGGGAGCAGAGAGAGAGAGAGAGAGCCCCGGCUGGGACGAAGGGACGACGGCACCACAAUAAAGAGUAAACAGAGAUCCAAGCGAUAUCCCCACAGAAGAAUUUCCAUCGAUACAGUUGGAAACCACCGACUUCCACAGCAGAGGAGACAGAUGUUGUAGAGGGGGAACCACAUCCCUCCACACACAGCAGCAGUUUGAGGUGUGUUUUAGCUGAGCCCAGAAUGGAGAGGAUUUGAGGGAGUUUCCUCCUCAGGAGAGUCCUGAGUCGUGACACUAAGCUCUCUUGAGCUCAGGUGCUUUCAAAGCCCAAUCUUCUAGUAAUAUGAACCAUGGACUCCUGGGCAGUUGAUAGUCCUGUAACCCUGGUCAUUAAGGCCCCCAACCAGAAGUAUGAAGACCAGACAAUCAACUGCUUCCUCAACUGGACUGUGGAGAGGCUGAAGAGUCACAUCUCCAACGUGUAUCCCAGCAAACCGCUGUCCAAAGACCAGCGGCUGGUGUACUCAGGAAGGCUCCUUCAGGACCACCUACAGCUCAAAGAUGUGCUUAGAAAGCAAGAUGAAUACCACAUGAUGCAUCUAGUGUGUACCUCUCACAGUCCUCCAGCCUCGCCGAUGCCUCGGAGCUCUUCCAUGGCCCACUCUUCUGCUUCUGACUCCAGCAGUUCAGACGGAGCCGGCUCCCCCUCCUCUGCCACCACACCAAAUCAGGACAGUCAGCCAGCGUCCUCCUCCUCUUCUGUCCCAGGAAGUUAUGAUGGCCUGAGGUAUCGUGGCGGCUUCCCCCAGUACAACCCCCAGAGCCCUGCGGGUGUCCCUCAGUGGCCAGAUGGAGCCCAGGUCCCUUUACAAGGCGACCUCCCUGCCAACAUGCCGGCUCACCCCAUGUACAUGCCCAUGCAGAUGCUCUGGUGGCAGCAGAUGUAUGCACGCCACUACUACAUGCAAUAUCAAGCAGCUGUAGCCGCCUCUCAGCCUCCCAGCACCUCCCCUCCUUCCUCUCCCUCCUCCUCGCCCCUUCAACCCGCCCAGCCGAAUGAAGCUGUGCAGCCCCCGCUGGGGCCCAACCCGGCCCCCAACCCUCUACCCGAGAACCAGCCGGCCAACCCCAACAUCCAGAUGAACGCGCAGGGCGGGGCAGUGAUGAACGACGACGACCUUAACCGCGAUUGGCUGGACUGGUUGUACACGGUGUCUCGCGCCGGCGUCCUGCUGAGCAUCGUUUACUUCUACUCCUCCUUUAGCCGCUUCGUCAUGGUUAUCGGUGCCAUGCUGCUUGUCUACCUGCAUCAGGCCGGUUGGUUUCCCUUCAGGCCAGAGCAGCAGAACCUCAGAGGAGCAGAACGGGCCAGGCCUCCUCCAGAGGAACCAGAGAGACACCAGGACAUACAGGAAAUGGAACGUCUGAUGGAUGAGGGGGUGGAGGACGAUGACAGUGGUGAGGAAGCAGGUGGAGGCCCCGAGGACCAGGCCCAGGCUGCUGCUGCUGCUCUCCCCGAGCCAAGCUUCAUUACCACCGCGUGGUCCUUCGUCAGCACCUUCUUCACCUCGCUCAUCCCAGAGGGACGGCCCCAAGCGGCCAACUAGGCAGACCCCACCCUCCUCAUAUACCCCUCCUCUUUCUGCCAGCAGGUACCGCUCUACAGAAGUAUCACAAUAACCACCGUCAUAUUUACCGUCUUAAAUACUCCAAAAACCAUCUUCAGACACCCUUUUAUCCCAGACCGCCUGGUACAAAACUUCCAACAUGCUGCCAACAGACUGACUGAUAUUUAAAACAGGCUCCCCUGAAGUUUAAAGGCAGGAGCAGCGAGCUCUGCAGGAGGGUAAGAGAAUAAACGAGAAUGUAGAAAGUUAAUCUCAUGUUGUGUUAAUGGAGUAAAUGCUUCAGCAGUGAAAGUUUUUUUUUUUCUUUGAACGAGUUCAUUGAGAAGUGGCAAUGGUGAGAAACCCAGGAGGGAGCUGUCUUCCAUUUUAAUCAGUGAAAGGUCAUGCUUUUAAAAAAUUUCAAUGUGAGAUGUGACCCCACCCCACCACCCAUAAGAAAAGAAAGAUGGGAAUCUCCCCAUGAGGGAGAUUUUUGACCCUAACAAAUCAUGAAACACCACAUCCCUAAAGACAUUUUCAUGUAUGCACACGAUGUGCAUAAAGACAUUGCAGCUACUGAAGCACAUUGUUUUCCCACUUUGUGUAUUUGAACAUUAUUUACACAUGUAAGUAUAUGCAUCUUUAAUUCCUGAAUAUAUGCUUUUUAUGAAUAAAAAUCUUGCUGCGG